AGCCAGUUAAAGUCUUGCGACAUCAACAGUGGCGGUCAAUCAGUCAACACGUGUAAUUCAUCGCCAGCAUCCUCAACGUGUUCCAGACCUACCUUAAUCUUUUCCACCAUCCUCAACCCCCCUACCUCUUGUCAUUUGUGUCCACCCCGCCCUCCCAUCUCCGAGUCACGCUGCCAAACUACCGUGCAGCUUGUCACCAUCGACCACCUAGUACCUACUAGUCGAAGCCAGCGCUACCUUAUCCCGUGCCCUUGCUGCUGUCGAGAUCUUUCUUCUACAAGACACCUUCCAUCAACACCAAACCCGUUCCUGCAUUUGCCUCGUCCAAGCUGUGUCUAUCAGGCGCAUUGUCGAAGCACCUGCUCCAAGCCUCGGGGAUCUUGAAACUCAUGGCCUGGCCUUGGUGAACUCCUCAAACAGGUGAGCUCUCCCUUCAACUCCUGUAUCCCUCACAUUUCGUUUCUGCAAACGCGCAUUUCUCCAUCAUGGACCGACGAAUUCACCCACAAAGACUAACGUGUGGCUCAACGUUACUUUAGACCACCGACAGAGAACUAAGACAAUCAAGCCGAGACUUCAUCCGGACCGUCUCAGGUCCUGUCAAAGAUGGAAGAAUCAAAACCAGUGGAUGUACCUGGCGCCAAAGGCGAGGAUGUCCAAACGGACAGCGAGGCUGCUUUCACUCCCGACCACACCGAGACACAAUCCGCUCUCAGCGGUUCUCCUCCUGACCACGAUGGUCUUCAUACCCCGACCCUUGGUCCUGUGAACUCGGGGAGCCCCAAGCUUUCGAGACACGGGUCCUUCUCCGGCAGCAGUUCUUACCAAGAGGACUGGGACGUUUUCCCGCCCCUCGACCGCAUCUCUGUACUCGAUCUUCUCGAUAACUUUGCUCUCCCACAGCAGCUGGAGAAGUUGCAAAAAGGCUUCUCAGCCCAGACGCAAAAGGUCCGCAAGUCCAGGGAUGCAUUCAAGAACAAGAGCCAGCAUGCGCGUGAGCGCAUGGUCGACGAGUGGCGGCGACGCGUCCCCACCGCCGACGAACAGUUGGAAAGAUACAGGAAGCGGAUGCGCACCAGCGUCGACAAGCUGGGAAAGCAAUGGAACGACACUAGGGUGGUCACGAUGCGCGAGAAGGUCUCAUUCAUCUUUGGCGUCAUGAAUAUCUUCGUUAGCGGUCUUCUCAUGGGCGGGUGGCCCGAGUACUUUCACUUGUGGUACACCGUCCAAGUGCUGUACUUCAUGCCUAUUCGAUACUUCACCUACCAUCGCCGAGGAUACCACUACUUCCUCGCCGAUCUCUGCUACUUCGUCAAUCUGCUCCUUGUUCUCAGCAUCUGGAUCUUCCCUGGCUCGAGACGACUUUUCCUAGCCACCUACUGUCUCGCAUUCGGCAAUAACGCGGUAGCGAUCAUCAUGUGGAGGAAUUCGCUCGUCUUCCACAGUUUCGACAAGGUCACUUCAUUAUUCAUACAUAUCAUGCCUUGCGCAACGCUCCACUGCAUAGUCCACCUGUGGCCAGCGGAUCUCCAGGCCAGCCGUCUACCUGCCAUCUGGGCUCUGAAGCACUCCCCUGCUGGCUCGAGUGGAGGUUAUGGAAAUAUCGUCUCUAUGCUUGCCUGGAGCUCUGUUCCCUACGCUAUCUGGCAGCUUUCCUACUACUUCUUCAUUACUGUUCGUCGGCGUGACAAGAUUGCUGCCGGUCGGCCGACAUCUUUCACUUGGCUGCGCAAGUCAUACUCCAAGACCUGGAUCGGCAAAGUCGUUCUCUCUUUGCCAGACGCCCUGCAAGAAUCUGCCUUCAUGCUGAUCCAGUAUUCGUACGCGGUACUCACCAUGCUUCCCUGCCCCCUGUGGUUCAUGAGUAGGUAUGCCUCGGCGGCCUUCCUCUCCAUCGUCUUUACCUGGAGCGUAUACAAUGGAGCAACCUACUACAUCGACGUCUUUGGCACACGCUUCCAAAAGGAGCUCGAAGCACUGAGGGCCGAGGUCAAACAGUGGCAGAACACACCCGAAAUGGGUGGCCAGUCGCCCCUGAUGACGCCGAAUCCCGAAGGGUCCGCGCCGAGCGAGCUGCACCUCACAAACAGCCAAGACGGAGCAAGUGGCAAUCUCAACUCGGCUUACAAGCACGAGAACACGGUCAUGGAAGAGAGCAUAAAGGCCGGUGCGCAGUCCGAUCGGAUUCCGCUGCUGAGCGAAGAGCUCUCGGCCCAGGGGGUAGCCAGUGGGAUUGAUGGGGGUGCUAGAGAUGUGGCCAAGGAGAGAAAGGCAGCGGGGGCAUCUUGAGUUGUCAUGUUGUGGAGGAAGCCGUCCUGAGAGCUGGGUGCUACUACCUAUUAUGACCCCCUUGAAUUUUGGUUCUAAGCGCGAAACGAUC